UUAUUAUUUUAAAUAGGUUUGAUUAUAAAAAAAAUUCCAGCCUAUACCUCAACUUUCAAAAUUAAUUCCAGCCUCAACAUAACAAAACAUUUUCAAUUCAAGAACUUGGUCAAUUUCUUACUCUCCAUGUAAGACCUGUAGGAAUCUUUGUUGUCUGCUUUGAAAGGCCAGAUGUUAUUCUUCGGUUUCAGUUUAUGUUACUUGACACGUAUCUCCAAUAGUUCAUAUCCAGAAAGACGAGGGUCUCACCUGGAAAUUGGUGAAGAGAGGUGAAAAUAUCAGGUGAAGACUGAGUUUACCAGCUCUGGUGGAAAGAGAACAGAAACGGCUAUUCUGAUGGAGGAAAAAGAUGAUUCAGUUCAACAAAAGCAUUUUGGAAUAGAGAUGCAGGUGAAUAAUGAGGUUAUGGGUAUGAAAAAUAUAGUUAAGAAAAGCUGGGAUGAAUCACAGAAGAUGUGGGAAAUAGCAGCGCCUGCUAUGAUGACAGCAGUAACCCAAUUCUCUAUUGGGUUUCUCACUUCUGCAUUUGUUGGCCAUUUGGGAGAAGUGGAGCUUGCUGCUGUUUCAGUUGUUCAGAAUGUUAUUGAAGCCUUUGUUGAUGGGGUUAUGCUAGGGAUGGGAAGUGCCCUGGAGACACUAUGUGGGCAAGUUGUUGGUGCUGGGCAACUGAACAUGCUUGGAAUCUAUAUGCAAAGAUCAUGGAUCAUUACUGGUGUCACUGCAUUGGUUUUAACACCUUUUUAUGUUUUUGCUUCACCAUUACUAGAACUCCUUCAUCAAGACAAGGAUAUUUCAAGGCUUGCAGGAAAGUACUCGAUAUGGGUGAUUCCUCAAUUGUUUGCUUAUGCCAUAAAUUAUCCAAUACAGAAGUUUCUCCAAGCACAGAGCAGAGUAUGGAUUAUGACAAUCAUUUCCAUAGUAGCCCUUGCAUUUCAUGUGUUGUUGAAUUGGGUGCUCGUCACAAAAUUGGAUCACGGGCUACUUGGUGCUGCCAUCGCAGGGAAUAUCUCAUGGUGGCUUGUGGAUUUGGGUCAAAUAGUUUAUGUGGUUUGUGGUUGCUUCCCUGAGACUUGGACCGGUUUUUCGUGGUCAGCUUUGAAGUCAUUAACCAGUUUUCUAAAACUCUCAAUUGUAUCCGCUGUAAUGUUAUGCUUGGAGGUGUGGUACUUUACAAUGGUGAUUCUUAUGGUGGGAUGGUUAGAGAAUCCAGAAAUUGCAGUAGAUGCCAUUUCCAUUUGCAUGAACCUGCAACUGUGGACUCUGAUGAUUGCUCUCGGUUUCAAUGCAGCAAUAAGUGUUCGAGUGUCAAAUGAGCUUGGAGCUGGAAAUCCUAAAGCAGCAAAGUUCUCAAUGGUGGUGACUGUUCUAACUGCAACAGCAAUUGGAGUUGUGUUCACAGCUUUGAUUCUGGUAACCAAGAAUGACUUUCCAAAGGCGUUCACUCGAAAACCAGUGGUGAUGAAGGAGGCAUCAAAGCUGGAUUACUUUUUGGCAGCAACAAUCUUCCUCAACAGCAUCCAACCUGUGCUCCAUGGGGUGGCAGUGGGUGCAGGCUGGCAAUUCUUAGUUGCCUUCAUCAAUAUUGGGUGUUACUACAUCAUAGGACUUCCUAUUGGUGCUGUGCUUGGAUACAAAUUAAAGCUAGGAGUUAAGGGCAUAUGGACUGGAAUGUUGGCUGGUUAUCUGCUUCAAAUAGUCACUCUGAUUUUCAUCUUACUACGAACUAACUGGCACAAAGAAGCUGUGAAAGCUGAAGAGCAUAUCAAAACUUGGGGUGGCUCUGAUGAACCACAGCAAAGUUCAUCAGAAAACAACAUGAAUGGGUGAUGAAUUCAUUGUGUAAAAAAACUUGAUAAAAUCAACAUCGGGUUGCAGUUUAUAUCGAUAUUUUUUUUCUUGGA